CGGCGAGAGGUUGUGCCAGAUCUGCCGCAUCUGCCUCCGUCGCGAAGUGACGAAUCUGCUCCACAGAACCGGCUCAAAUUCACCUCACAAGCGAAGCGAAGCAUGCGAUGUCAGCCUCGGAGGCGUGCAAGGACGUUCCGCGAAGCGGUGCACAGCGCAUGCAGGCCGGCGCGCGUCCUUCUCCACGCGCCGCGCGACCGUCGUUCCCACGUCCGAGCGUGAGCUCGCUGCUAUCUACCUUCGAAGAGCUCACGCACUCAAGCCGCGAGCAACGCCCACCACGCACUCCCCGCCUCUCCGCCUAUCGGCGCCCAGAAAAGCACGGGAGGGCGCGGCGCAGCAGGGCGCCCACUGGUGCGAGAGAAUGCGCGCCGUGGCGGCCUUGGCGCACUCGUCCAUCUCGAGCUCUUUUCGCCCUCACGGCGGCCGCGAUAGCUUCUCGGCUUCCGUUCUCCCCCGACUCGGCGCUCAGCAGCAUGCAGGCACCCGAUGCGAGCUGCGUCUGCGGCGCAGCACUGCCACCUCAGCAUGCAGCGCCUCCUGGCCCACGGUGCGGCGCCCUCCUGUGCUCCACGAAGCCCUCUCGCUGCGGCGCACGGCGCUCUGUGCAUUUUGAGCGCGUGCACGGGUGCAAGCGGGUGCUCAGAGGGCUGCGUGCUUUGCUCAGGUGUCGUCUGUGCGCUGUCCUCUUGCACGCACGCAAGAGCUCGAUCUCGGGGUCCUCGCGCGUGACACCGGCCCGAGCUGACGGCGGGACGCUAAGCAGGCAGUGCAACGGGGCGCGGCGGGCCUCGGAUGUCGAGGCAGCCGCCGCCGCCAGCAGUAGCAGGGCUCAGCUGACGCUGCAUGGCUUGCCGAGCCCAGCCGUCGCAUGCUCUCCACGGUGAGGUCGCUUCAGCGCACCUCGUCUCACCCUUGACGCCGGAGUGGAGCUCAGCGGAAGCCGGCGGCGAGGCG